AUGCAGGAGUUGGCUCAUUCCAGAGCACUAGCGAACGAUCUCCAGAAAGCUCAAGAAGAACAGCUGGCAGAAAUCAUUCGGAUUUCCAAGGAGCGCGACGAAUGCAGCGAAGAGGUUGCCCAAAUGCGUGGUCUGGAAGAAAAAUACGAGGUAGAGAUGUCCCAGCUGGCUAAGGACAGUCAGGCUUUCCUGCAUGUUCGGAUUGAUCUCCAGAAAGCUCAAGAAGAACAGCUUGCAGAAAUCAUUCGGAUUUCCAAGGAGCGCGGCGAAUACAGCGAAGUUGCCCGAAUGCGUGGUCUGGAAGAAAAAUACGAGGUAGAGAUGUCCCAGCUCGCUAAGGAGCGCGGCGAAUACAGAGAAGAGAUUGCCCGAAUGCGUGGUCUGGAAGAAAAAUACGAGGUAGAGAUGUCCCAGCUCGCUAAGGAGCGCGGCGAAUACAGAGAAGAGAUUGCCCGAAUGCAUGGUCUGGAAGAAAAAUACGAGGUAGAGAUGUCCCAGCUCGCUAAGGACAGUCAGGCCCAGGCGGCUGUUGACCACUCUGGGCCUGCAAAUGCACGGACCUGCAAGAAGGCAAUCCAGAAAGCUUUGAAACCAAAGCCAUCUGCAAGUGGUGCCAAGGAGCAAGAACGGCAAGAAUCAUCCCUGGCAUUGCUAGAUGCCAAACUUCAGUUGUGCUGCGCAUUCAUUCCAGGGAUUCUAGCUGACUCUCAUGUAUCCCUCGUAGCGAAGAAAUUGAUCAGUGCAGUCAGUGAUAUUGCGCUGACUUCCGGCAUGGUCACAAAACCGGUGGCGUUUCUGACACAGAAACUUGGGGACACAUUCGACCGAAAGUUUCUGUUGAGAGCAAAGAUGAAUGUGGCCUCAGUGUUGUCAGACCACGAGAAGAAAUUUCUUGCAGAUUUGGUUGCAAGAGAGCACCAACCCAAGGACAGCAACUGCAAAGGCUACAUUACUGCGUUGACCUGGAUGUGGGACGAGACAGAGCAGACAGCCUCAAAUGUUCUUUCGCAGCUGCAGACCAGUUUGGAUCCUUUCCUCUACAGCAUGUUGGAGAGGUCGCCACUGACCAAAACAUACUUGGAGGCGAAGCGACGUGGGGCUUCCACAAGCAAUGUGGUGAUGUCAACGAUUGUGCAACAGGGAGAGCUUCAGGUUGUUGACUUGAUGGAUUCAACAUGGGGACAACCGUUAGCCAAGAAGGUUCCCAUCCUGGUCCCACCGUGCCGUCUACUUCGUAUGACUGCGUCCACCAUCAAAGGUGUGCUUGAUUACUGGAUGCCCCUCACAGCAACCAAGAGGACCAAAUUGGCUGACUCUGCCUUGUACAACUUGAUCAUUUACGUUGCAGACGGCGCCACAGCAAACAGCCUCUUCAAAAAACACGAGGUCAUGGAAAGUCAACCGAAUACACUAGUGCUGGAUUGCACUUGCCAGUGCCAUGCCAUUCAUUUGGCAUCUGGCGAUCAGACUUUUCGAUUAGAUUUGCCACCAAGCUGGCCACCGAAGCCUCAAGAAACUGCCACUGCAGCUCCAGCACCGAGAGGGAGAGGCAGAGGAGGCAAAGGCCGUGGUCGUGGCCGUGGUGUUGUGCCAGAACAGGGGCAGCCGCAGCAAGAUCAAAGUCAAAGUAAAAAAGGAAAGGGGAAGGUUGUGUCCAUGCUAAGCAGCCUCGUGAGAACAGGCAACCAGAUGGGAAAUUCCAGUUCAUGGACAAUUGUGUUGGGACGGUUGCGCCCCUUAAUUGCUGAGAAGUUGGUGCUGCAGCGACUCUCUGAAUUGGCAGAUGGUGCGGAAGCUCAAAUGGAGUUGAACAAGGGCAUCUUGAUUAUGCUAGGAAAAUUGAACCCAGAAAGGGAUGGUGAUGGUGACACAGACAGCACUGCACGUUCUGAAGUAUCGCCUGCUCUUCAUGAAUCUUCAACAGAACUCUUGAGGAUCGUGGGCUACUCUGAUUGGAGAUCGAGCAAUAUUUCGAUUUACCUAGAGGAUUCAGUCAUGAAUGAGAUCACCGGUGAACCAAUCAGAUGCAAAAAACUCCAUGCAUCUUUGGCAGACCACUUGACAGCAUUGGUGAGUCACAUCUUCCUUGGACACAAGCCAGCAAGGCCUUCUCAGUCAAGAUGGACCGGGGUGGCACAUGUCUGUCAGUGGGCACUGGGGCUUGCCUUAUUUCAUAGGCUUCUUGGGCCACUUCUGUGUUCCUUAAGUGCCAAAAAAACAGAUGAUGCUGGUGGUGAUGAUUCCAAUUUGGGCAUGCUGAUGGACGCAGAUGUCCAAAUUGCUGACUCCGAAGCGUACAGAAUCCAAACGGCAACCAGAAGGCAACUGCUUGCCAAGUGGGCAGCAGAUCCAGCCACACCUCUGAAACUGUUCCUCGUGAUGAGGGGAAAUCUUCCCAUACGAACACUGUUAUUUUACGUCCUGAAGUACGAGGCCAAUGCGCAGGAAGAAGGGGACCUCAGGGAACUUUGUCGGCGCUACAUGUUCAACCUAGAAUGUCUUGACCUGGAACCCGACGAGUAUAACCGAGCUGCUCGUGGCUUUCCAGACUGGGUGGCAGGGGGGCCUACACAGCGGGCAUUGCAAGAGCUGGCAGAACUUCUCUUUGAGAGUGAGUUUCUUGCGCAGCUGCUUUCGUGGUUUAGCACUGAUGUCCGCCGAAGUGAUAUCAUGACCUUUGCAGCAAGGUACAUUCUUGCAGGGGCUGCAAAUGUGUGGCUGAGGCUUCAUCGCCCGCUGCUCCACCCGCCGUUCAAUAUUUUGAGGCUUGGCGCUUCCUAUUCACCCGGAGAUCGCUUGGCAGGGUAUGAGAAUCUCCUGCUGAUGGACGAGUGCUGUCUGGACCCUGGUUUUGGACGGAGGCUCCAAGAGAGCUUGCUCAGUAUGCAGAGAGAUGGACAGGAUGAGCUUGCACUGAUGAAUACGUUCGAAAGGACGUGCACUGUUGCUGGCAAUUGUGCUCGCAUCGGAAACUUCAAGAUGGAGUGCCAGCACAAAUGGAACCAGUCACUUCAAGGUGCAACCCGCCAUUUAGGUGCUGCCAAGCAGUGGACUAAGAUGGCAGCAGAAGCUUUCCUCAUAUCAGUGCAGACCCAGCACCAGCAACUCUUGGCAAAGCCUGUGCCAGCUAAGUCAAGGCGUGGCAAGAAUUCACGAGGAGGUGCCACUGAGAGGAAAGAUCGUCGAAGAGUGCUCAAGCAUUGCGUGGACCAAGGGAAGUGGAGAUGCAAAUUGCAGGUUGCUGAGUCGGAUGACGGCUUGCUCGCAACCAGUAGAAGAAGAAUGGGUAGAUUGCACAGUGGGCACAUGUUGCAAUCCUGUUUAUGGAAGCAGUUCAAAGACAUAUGCACUGAUAGACAGGAGCUUGCAAAGGGAAUGGCCAGCCCUCAGUUCAAAGAGUACGUGAAGAAUAUGAAGAGUCAAGAGGCAAACCAUUGCUUGGCGCGCCUGCUGACUAAGCAAGCAAAGGCUCAAAAUGCACUUGUCAAAGCAGAGAGGAAAGAACACGAAAACCAUGCCAAGGAGCGUCAAGCCGAGACUGAUGCACAUCUCAACAUGCCCAAGAACAUUGGGCUCUGGGGGCUUCAGUUCACUGACCCAGCCUACCCUGUGGAUGCCGCACUGGUGAUGGAUGGCAAAGCCAGAGGACUGACCAAGACAAACGCGGCAGAUGUACUUCAGCGUAAUCUGCCAGUUUAUGAUCACAACCCACUUCUGCAAAGAGUGAUGACACAAGUCUCCAGCAAAUACUUGCCUGCAUGCUGGGUACAUGGAAUCUGCCGUCGGAAUAAAGCAAAGAGAAAACUGUGCGACACCCUUCAUCGGACUUUGAUGAAAGGCAUAAAAGAACAGAUUGCAGGAUUUGUGCCUGAGGCAUCAGCAAAGGACUACCUUGUCUCAGGAGACCUUGUAGUGGCAAUCCGUUUUCCUGCUCUCAUGGCAGAUUCCAGUUCCAGCUCUGGCAGUGCUGGCCCCACUCAGAGUUCUCCUUCCAUGUGCGAGAUCUUUGCAGUUCCCAAAGUUACACUAAGACCCGAGGGAGCAGUUUUCGUUGCCAUGGACCAGGAGAUAGAUUGCAGUGGUCCUAACCCAAUCACAAGGGCAACUUUACGGCGAAGUGACGCCACAGCCACAGGUUUGGAAUUUUGCACCAGCUCAGAAUUCUGUGCCCGUGUGCUCAUGCAACAGUCUCCAGGGUUGGGGCAGCCAAUCUGGAUCAAAGUCUUGCAAUAUACCCGUGUGUCACUUCAUUCCAUUGAAUUUGACCCAUUGCCAGAUACCAACAUCAAGGAUGCUGUGUGGCCUGUUGUGGCACAGAUGGAAGGUGAAGAUGCAAAUGCCGAGGAUGAAGAUGCCGACGACCCUCUUUCCUGGGUGGAACCUUCCGAGGACAUCACUGAAGAAGAUCAGCUUCUGGGUUUGGGAGAACUUGCAGAGUCUUUUGAGGCUGUGUCUGACCUUGUGAGCGAGUUGUUUCUAGAGAGUGCCUUUGAAAAGGGACAUGAUGAUCCGGAAAACGAGUCACAGUCAGAGUCAAAGACAAAGAGGCCUUCAACAGUACAGACUGAGAAAAUUUUCACAGAUGUGAUCAAGCAACCCCUCCCAGGGGAAAUUAAACGUGAAGGUAGAUUUGUUUACUGCGGGUCGGUCAAGUGCGGCAGCGUGUCAUUUUUGACGCAUUGGUCGCCACCGGCAAUCGUAGCAGCGUGCAAUUUGCACUCAGAUUGCUGUGUCUCCGUACCAUUACUUGACGGGGACGAAGACAGUUUGGUCAAAUGGUUGGGUGAAGCCGUGUGCUAUAAGUCAGGCUCUGACCAUUCUCAAUGUCGCCCGAAAGGGUCUUACAACAAGAGGUUGAAGAUGUGA